UCUUCAAAAUCUCCACCUAUUCUAACUCCUAUAAAAAAGCUGGGGUUCUUCAUGACUAGUACCAACUCAGUUGCCGCUCGCAUACAACAGAAAACCAUGCACUUCCUUGUGGUCCAACUUAUGGCCCUGGUGCCCAUCAUGAUGCUUGUUGACUGCAGUCCUGACACCAAUCUUGACAACCACUGGCACCUAUGGUCUAAGACACAUGAGAAAAUGUAUAACAGCAAGGAAGAUGAGCUGAGAAGACGUAUUGUCUGGGAGGACAAUCUGAAGUUUAUCAUGCUACAUAACCUGGAAUAUUCGUUAGGUCUUCACUCCUAUGAGGUUGGAAUGAACCAUCUUGGAGAUAUGACUAGUGAGGAGGUGUUAGCUACAAUGACUGGGUUCAGUCAUGCAGAUAUUUCUACAUCUAAUGAUACCGACUUACCAGAGGAUGUAUUAAAAUCAAAGGUACCUGAGGCCAUAGACUGGAGGAAACAGAAUUGUGUGACAGAUGUGAAAGAUCAGGGUAUUUGCAGUUCUAGCUGGGCAUUCAGCAGUGUGGGGUCACUAGAAUGCCAGCUGAAAAUUAGGAAAGGUAAGUUGGUCUCCUUGAGUGCUCAGAACCUGGUGGACUGCUCAGGCUCAUACGGGAAUAAUGGAUGCUCAGGAGGUUUCCUUGUGGCGGCGUACAGAUAUAUCAUCGACCAUGGCAUAGAAGCAGAUGGCACCUACCCCUAUGAAGAAAAGGAUGUGACCUGCCACUUCAGUACCACAAAGAAGGCAGCCAGCAUGACCAGCUAUAAAGAAGUACCAUAUGGAAAUGAAGACGAGCUGAAACAAGUGGUGGGCAAAGUGGGUCCUGUGUCUGCGGCUAUUGAUGCCAGCCGGAGAUCUUUUUAUCUAUACAAAAAAGGUGUAUACUAUGACCAACUGUGCUCCAGCUCCCAGACAAACCAUGCCGUGCUUGUCGUUGGAUAUGGCGCCGAGGAUGGUGUGGAGUACUGGCUUGUUAAAAACAGCUGGGGACCAUCGUUCGGAGAAGAAGGCUACAUAAAAAUAGCAAGAAACCAUUAUAACCAGUGUGGGAUCGCAAACUUUGCCUCCUAUCCAGUUGUCUGAAGACAUCACUUCAUAAUCCUGAAAACUAUUAUUUUAACAGCAGAUUCAUCUUUUUUUGUCUGGGUAGAAGCUCCAGAGGUGGUCAGAUUUGGUCAGUCCCCAAAUGAUGAGCUGAUGAUAUGGUGUCCCGCUUCUGGGACCUUCACCUGUAAACAGAAGAAGCGUUUCAUGUCUCUGCAGCGCCACCCCAGGGUAAAUUAAGUAUUACAUGAUGCUUAUUGAUACCAAUGAGCAGUCCAGGUAAUGUUUGGACAUGCUUGGUCCUCCAGAGCAAGACUGGAAGAUCUAGUCUAUGUCCAACUAUUAUAAAGGGGUCGUCCCAAAUAGGACAUCACAAAUGUUCUGCUGCUGAGACUUUAUAGAAAGUUCCAUCAGUUUUUCCUCUACAGUUUUCACUUUCACUACAUCUACAGACUGUUGCCUUCUGCUUCACAGUAAACCCCUCACAUAGCUGCUCUGAUGGCUCCAUCAGUUUGAUAUGAAUUUAGCUUCAAUGAGUGUUUGAGCUGUCAGGAGUUCAGAGACAAAGGCUACAAAUCAAAAGCUGUAGAGAAAAAAACUGUUGAAAAUGUAUAAUAAAAACCAAAUGAAAUAUUUUUAGUCCAAAAUGAGUAGAAUGCAAUAAUAAUAAUAAUAAUAAAUUUAAAAAAAUGUCCCCAAAGGCGUCCAUAGCCUUUAAAUUGGUAUUUUUGAGACUUUUUAAAUACUUUUGGUGGAGUUUUAUGUUGCUUUUUGAACAGUGUGUGCACAUUGACUUUUAUUGUCAACAGUAAAAAUAAAAAUUCAAAUAAAAA